AUGGGCCAGCAAGGCGACUCGUGCGCGGCGACGUGUGGAGCACUUGGCCUGCAGUGUGAGCCUGACUUUCAAAUUGACGACUCGGACAAGAUCAUGCGGUUCCGGUUCCCCGUGAGCGGGUUUACGCACAUUGACACGACGGAGGGCGUCAAGUGGUCUGCCUACCGCUUCCACGAGAUGGAUCCCCUCCCCUUCUCCGACGGAUUCAAGCUGCAGUGGCGCAACGGCGAUAUGGACGACAAGGCCACGGGGCUCAAGUGCUACACGCUGACAGGCGGUAACGUUGUUGGCAACCCCACCAACUCUACCGUCACCUCGUACGCGUGGGUGUAUGUGUGGUAGCUGCUCACCCUUGCACGGGCGAUGUUGUGGGAUGAUGUGACUGUGGCGUGCCUCUUGUGCGUUUGGAUGAGCGGCACGCCUGCAGUCUCCGUGUGCACGCUUGUGCCGGACAAGGUGGUGGUGGUGACGGUGCUGGUUGGUGGCAAUUGCCCAAGCACAGCACGUUUUGCACAACUUCUCCUCUUCCAACACCAACGCACUACACAUGUUCUGCCGCCCCAUUUCAUCCACGCAUUUGCGCAUUUGCGUUUGAAGUGUGAUGUAUAUGUGUGUGUCUGUGUUUUUUUUUUUUUUUUCACUUUACCAUGACGCAGUUCUGAUGUGAGACAGCAGCUUUCACCCUCUGUGUUCGUGUGUGUGUUGGAAGCAUUGGGUGUUUGCGGCUUCUGUUACUCUGCUUUCAACUGCUGUUCGCGUUACACAUGUGCGCACAUAUGCCUUCAAGUGCAUGCACACGUUGUGCGUCAUGUCUAUUGUUCGUUUACUGGUAUCAUUUUUCUUCUGUCGCGUGCCAACACCCAAUACACGCGUGAUCACAAG